AUGCUGGUUAAUGGAAGACCAACUGAGGAAAUAGUACCGACGAGGGGACUCAGACAAGGAGAUCCUUUGUCUCCGACUCGUAGGCAAAAAGGGCUAAUACAUGGUUGUAGAGUGGCCAGGGGGCACCAUCUAUCUCACACUUGUUUUUUUGCAGAUGACAGUCUGUUUUUCUUUAAAGCUAACUUGCAGGAAGCAUUGGAAGUAAAGAAAUUUAUGGGUAUUUAUGAGUCUUUCUCGGGUCAGGCGGUUAAUUUCCAAAAGUCUAGUAUUACUUUUAGCCGUAAUACAAAUGUGGAGGAUAGGGACCUUGUGGCGGAUGCAUUGGCUGUUGGCUAG